AUGUGUCACACCAAUUAUAAGAAAGUUGCAUUGUGGUUAUUUGAAAGACUUAACAAAGCAAUCUGUGCCAAUGAACCAUUAGAUCCUCUUGAGCAAAAUGAUUUCAGACUCGAUGCAGAAGUUGAGUAUAAAGAAGAUAUGAAAGUAUUGUUUCGAUAUAGUAAAAAUAAAAAAUAUACUCAUAUUGAUUUAUCUCAUGCCAAAACAUUGGGACUUCAAGUUGUAAUAAUUCAAGAUGAAUACAUAAAUUUCCUCUUCAAACUAAAAAAUAAUGGCGAAAUCAUUGGACAAAUUGCAAAAAGAGUUCUCAAUACCUUAUGGGGAGCGUUAUGCCAGAGAAACAAGUUUUAUUAUAACAUUGAUAUUAGUAUGCCUGAGUUAUUUGAAAAUCCAGAAGGAGAAAUAUUAGAUAAUAUCAUACCAGUAGGAGAAGAUUGUUGGACUUUGCAAUUCUCAAACCCCAGGAAUCUAUUCAAAGGAGAGUAUCCUCAAAUUGUGCCAUUUUUACUAGCUCAGGGACGAAAAAUAAUAUCUCUCCACAUAGCACCUUAUAAAGAUAAAGAGAAGCAAGUUCAUACCGAUGGAUUUAUUCUAGAAGAGGAUCCUAUGAAACCACCUCUUAUUGAGUGUUCAGAAGAUGUAUCAAAAACUUUGAAAAUGCUUAAAUUUGAAAAGAAAAGUGAAUGUUAUGUUAAAAAUGCUAAUCAAGUUACAUGGUAUUGA